GAGACCCACCAGUGGCAGGUUGAACAGUAAAAUCUCUGAGCAUAUUUCGGCAUCAGUAACUCCCCUCCAUGUUUGUCUGGAGGAACAAAGAGGACCAGAACUGGGCUCAUGUGACGCUCCAGCUCACAAGCCUAAGGUCAAAAGUACCUUUGAGAAUCAAAAAGCAGAAGAGGAGGUUCCAGAGGAGGCGGAGGGUGGAUCAACCGAAAUCGAAACAGAAGAGUUAAAACAGAGUCAACCGAGUAUGGCAAAUACCAUCAGCAACAUGAAAAUGACUAAUCCUAUCAAAGGGUUGGUCAGCAAACGCCGUAAACGUUUUACAGAAGAUGGGUUUGACCUUGAUCUCACGUAUAUAAGAGAUAAUUUAAUAGCAAUGGGUUUCCCUGCUGAGAGGCUGGAAGGAGUAUACAGAAAUCAUAUUGACGAUGUUGUUAAAUUGCUGGAAUCCAAACACAAAGAUCAUUAUAAGAUUUAUAAUUUGUGUUCCGAAAGGUCCUACGAUUGCAAAAAAUUCAAACAGAGGGUGGCGACUUACGCAUUCGACGAUCACAAUCCACCGAAACUAGAACAAAUUAAGCCGUUCUGCGAAGAUGUGCACCAUUGGCUAUCCCUACACAAAGAAAACGUAGCCGUGGUCCAUUGUAAAGCGGGUAAAGGUCGGACAGGUGUAAUGGUGUGCUGCUAUUUACUCCAUAGCAAGCAAUUCGCCAAUGCCAUGGAUGCUCUUAAUUAUUACGGAACGAAGCGGACUCACGACAGGAAGGGUGUGACGAUACCUUCGCAGAGGAGAUACGUGGACUAUUACGCAACUCUUGUUCAAGAAGGUCUCAAUUAUCAACCAGUGACAUUGAUACUUCGUAAAAUACAACUGGAUCCGGUCCCCAUUUUUAACGGUGGUCAAGGAACUGUGCGUUUUGUGAUCUCGGAAUCUAACAAAAGGAUAUUCAUGGAAGAUUACGAAGUACGGAAAGGUACCUCUUCUAUAACCAUCUCGCUAGAGCGCAGCGUAGCAUUAACGGGAGAUAUACGGGUGGAUUUCUUCAACAAGCCGAAGAUGAAACGGAAGGAGAAGAUGUUUCACUUUUGGUUCAACACGUUUUUCGUCCGAGAAUACACAACCUCUGACUACGACAACGGCGAGUUACCGAGAUCGACAAGGGCAUUGAGCUGCGACGGCACGGCCAUGGAGUCGCCAAUGGUUAUGUCGCACGUGAGAUCUAGGACUGGAUCGUUGGCGAGUCUCGGCCCCAUGCCUCCUACUCUCGUUUUACGGAUAGACAAGUGGGGUUUAGAUGAUGCCCACAAGGAUAAGAAUCACAAGCAGUACAGUUCAGAUUUUAAAGUGAGUCUAUUUAUGCAUUGCGUGGGCGGAAGUAUAUCGCCGGCAGUGCCGGCGUCGACGAACAGAACAGGGGACGGUGUGCAGCUGGGGAUGGCUGGGCAGGAGACGUCGAGUGAGUCGAGCGAGGCGGACAGUAGCGAGUGCGACACGACCGGCGACGACGAGGACGGUUGGGAUUCUGUGGACUUGGGCCAGCGCGUCGGCCGGUACCGUCUUCUGUCAGAUGGAGGGAUGAUAGAUCUUUUGUGAGCCCAUCGCCAAUCACCCCUAAUCAUCUCUCUCGACUUCGGUGUCAUUGGCAUUUUAAUUAUCAGACACGUACACGCACACAUACACAUCUACACGUAUUAUAUAUAUAUAUACACACACAUAUGCGCGCGUGCCACGGAAACAUUAUGUAGCGCGUUACGCAGAGACACCGCGAAACUUACAUCCGUUGUCAUCGCCGAGCGUCGCGAGAGAAUACACGUUCAACGUCUACUACGUUUAAUUACAUUUAAGCUUUUGUACUUGAGUUAGCAUUUUAUUUACGCUACGUAAAAGGAAGCCAAUGUGAUUUUUUUCUACGUAAAGAAGAAAAAGCAAAAAAAAAUGAAGAAAAAAGGUAGGAAGGAAGGAAGGAAGAUAAGAAGGACCGCUAUCUUGCCGUUACGAUUGAUAAUGAUUUCGCGCGAGCCGAAGCGAUUAGAGAUUAGGUUUUGCGAGAGUGAUUUAAAUGCAUUGUGGAGUGAGUGCUGGUGGACGAUGACUGGAAGCGGAAGCAGCGGCGAGCGAGAGUGAUUGGGACGCGAAAGUAUUUAUUGUCCGCGUAAGAAUCUAAUCAAAAUUAACGUACUCUUCUCACAGGUUCACUAACAACUCUUACCGUUCAUAUAAUCACACUUUACUUGUGAAUUCUUUUUUUCUUUUUCGUCUCUCUCGAAUAAGUUACGCCUUUAGACAACGUCGAGCUCACAUUAUUCUGCAUGGCACGAUCAUUUUUCUUUCCCCUCCACUUACAUAGAUAUCGAACACGCAGACAAUUUUCGACAAAAGUCGACGCGAAAAUUACGAAGUGAAGAUCACGAGCGACAUGUGAAAUUCGUAUAUCAUCAAAAUUUCUAUCGAGAUAUGGUGCGACCUCACGACCGAAUGGUCCAUACCGAAAAUUGUUCACGUGGUGUGAGAGCUCAGACGGAAAUUGUUGAGUGUAAAUGACACUUCUUGAACGCUGAAGAUAUCCCUACUCUGUCACGUAACCGUGCGUGUAUCCAUUGUUACUUUUGUUUAAACGCGACAAAAAGAAAGAAUCAUUAUUUUUUGGGGGGUAUUCGAGAAACACUCGAUCGGACCCAAAUUGAAAUUUUGAUUCCGCAUUAACUUUGCAAAUUCCGUCGACGUAUUUCAUACGAUAUAAUACUUGUUACUUUUCUUUGCUUGCAAACCUGUGAUUAAUGGUUUCCCUUAGUUUUCUAUUUUUUUUUCUUGACAAGCACGUACAUAUAUGUACUUGACUGUAUAUACACACAUACACAACUAAACUCUUCUCAAAACGACAAAUAUAGAGACAUUGUGUCCGUUAAGUAGAGAAGAAGCACGGUCGAAAAACAAAUGAACGGGCUAUAUGGCGUAGCGGAAGUGCAUGUUUAUAUAUGAAUACUAUAUGGACUGAGAUGAAGAAGAGAGAAAGAAAAAAAAGAAGAUAAUGCUGUAAAGAAACGAAUAUUUUUCAUAAAAAUAAAAUAUCGUAUAUAAGUCAAUAAUAACGUCUAGAGAGAAUAAUAUGUCAAAUAUAUCCGCCAUCGCGCGAUUUUCUUCGCUGAAACAAGCCGAUUCUUAUCGUGUAUCCCCGCGAGUCUCUCUCUCUCUCUCUCUCUCUCUCUCUCUUUCACGGUCACAUUUUCGCACACGCAUUCGCGAUCGAGCGGAGAUCUCGCGGGGAUGGGAGCGGAAUUUGUUGUGCUGAUAGAGCUCAAUAUCGACUGGUAAUAACGCGCAAUCUCGAUGAGAAAUCGAGAUCGAAAAAGUGUUCGUCGAAUCGGUCGAAGAAUUCACAGCCGAGGGAAGUCCCUCAUGACACACCUUUCGGGAUUAUCCUUGCGCACCUCGUACUUUGAUAAAAUUAUUACGAUUAUCGCGCGAUACAUCACGUACCGUACACACAACACACACAAACGCACACGCACGCAUGCGGAAAGCAACACGUAUGCGUUACCUUACUCGAGAACACUUUUCGAUUGUUAUACAAUCAUGAAAUUUCGGUCGAUCCCCGAAAUCUUUCGUCCCCUGUAUGCGACGGUUCUCUUUUCGAGAAUGAAUAUUUCACAAACGCCACGAGUCUUUCUCUCGUCGCGUACAAACGAAAUCCUGCGACUGUUUUCCACUUAAUAUUCAGCGCUAUUUCAUCAUACGAAGUGCUUAAUAGAUUCAUACACACACCCACACACACACACACACACACACACAAAUAUAAAUAUGUAGAUAAGUGUCUCGCGCGAUCCACGGGGAUGCUAGCGCGAGCGCGCAGGUUUACGCGUACAGCCGAGGUUCGGCUUCUUCGGCAUCCGCCGACUUGUUUUCGGCGCGACUUCCGUUGCAUCAUCAUCUUGCGUUGCAUCGACGACACUUGCGGGGUAUUGUUGUACCACACAAUUAUAAGAUGCAGCUGGUGCGCGCCACGACCUGCCGUUUCUCGAAGCGUAUCGUCGACAUCAUCUCCUCGCGCGAACGCUAACUUCGGCGAACCUCCUCCGAGAGCCACGUGAUGUGCAUCCGGCAUCUUGGUUGCACUCUCCCGUUCUCGGCUUUGCGAUACGGUUCGGAGGUCGUUGACCGUUGCAUAAUCGCCGAAAAGAGCUCGCGGGUGGACACGAUUUUUUCGAUUAAUAAAACGUACAGAACGGAUUAAUCGCACAAUGACGAUUUGUCCUCGCAACGGCGUCUCGCAAGUUUCCAGCGAAUCGCAUAUCUUGUUAAUCGCAUACCAGUUUCACGGUUUCUUUGGAACAUAGUUCCCUUACUUCAUUAAAGAAACCUACUAAAGGCCAUAGUUAUUUUCAUAAAGGUUUUUAAUUGAAGAAUUUAUCUAUUUAUUUCUCAGAGAUUUCAGAUUAGACGUAUCAGAAUUAUUUUUAUUAGAGAGGCUACUUAUGUAUAUAUAUGUAUAUAUAUAUACAACUAACUUAACUAUUUUUAUCUAGGCGUAAACAUAACGGGAAAAAUUGGAUGCCGAAAAUGUAAGAAUAAAAUUAUAUUUUACUCGAGUGAAGGAGAGAUUUUAUAUUGAAUAAAAGAGAAGCAUCUUAUAGAGGUGGAGCGUUAGUCGUUAAUUAAAUUGUAGAACGAUUUACUCUACGUAAACGUGCGUAUAAGAGAAAAACCACAAAUCAAAGAGCCGCAAGCUCAGCCGGGUCAAAAUCCCAUCGCGUUUUAUGACGACUAGUCCGGCAAAAACGAGACGCCUCCAAGUAUCGAAGAUACGGAUUCGAAGAUCAAUUCAGAGGGAGAUUCUCACAGAGGAUCUGUAUCGUUUAUUAAUCGAAAAAAGAAAAAAAAACGAGAGACGCUCGGAUCAGAGGUGCUCGCUUCGAGAAGAAGGAACACACCACGUUUCCGUGCCGUCGAUAGCGAAACCACGAAGGGGAUGGGAGGAUCAACGAAGCCGUCGUUCUUUUGAUAAUUAACGUUGUACAAAGUGCGUGUGCGAGAGAAAGCAGGGAAGAAAAAGAGAAGAAAAAUUGAAACAGAACAAAACAGGAGGAAACUGAACGUUUCGAUUUCUUCGCUAUUUUACGCCUGUGUACCAGCGAUUGUUACGUACACCUUUAUAUAGUGAUAUAAAAGUGAAUCUCGGUGCUCGCGUGGGAGCGAGUCGAAAACCGCUGAGGAAACGUGUUUCCCUUCGUCGUUAGAUAGGAUAACGCAAUCGAGUAAACGCUGCGUGUCUGAGAGAAGUAAAGAGAGUUGUAGCGCGCGAGAAGCUUAUUUUUCAGUAGCGAACGACUCACACAGCUCGAUUUUUCAUCCCCCCUCCUCCCCCGUCCGAAACUGAAUGUGCUGCAGAACGUACGCUGCACCGGAGAAUGUUGCGGACUACGGAUGAUGCGUGAAUACGACUUUUAUACAGCUGCCGAUGUUUCUGUUAUUCCUAUUUGCGCGUAGAAUUCUAUAUAUGGUAACGAUAUAACGAUACCAUCGUCAGUCUUCGAUCCGUACGUUUUAAGGGCGUUUAUUACAUCGGCUGACGCAGGAGAAGGGUGAGGACGCGACGGAGAUGUACUUUUGCGCGGAUUCAAAGUUCAGAGUUUGCUCAAAACAAAAAGUUCGAGAAUAUAUAUAUAUAUAUAUAUAUAUAUAUAUAUAAAAUCGUAGAACUCGCGUGAAAAUUGGACUGAAAAAAAUCACCCGUCGCGAGUUUUACCGAUCGCCACACGUGCAUUCGCUCUUUCCGGGCCGUGAUUUUUUGAUUGUAAAUUUAUCGUUUAAAUCUGAGACCAAAAGUAAAGGAAAAAAAGUAAAAAGAGAGAAAAAUGACUGGACGUUGCGCUUGGAGAAUACAUCUCUUCUGGCUCCCCGGCUUCCUGAUGCGCCUCGUGCUGGUGAGAACUCGCAAACACGACGUCGGACGACAACUCCCCUUGUACAUUUCAUCACAAACGAUACGUCUGCCCGACAUUCGGCCGUUUUACAUUUACGCGAUAAACGUAUUUUUGUACUUUCUCCUUAUUAUUAAAUUGAACGCAGGUGCAUACGCCGCGCAUCUACGCUCGUGCAUAUAAAAAUAUAUAGGAUCUUAUAUUAUAUAUUACGAGUAUUAAUUGACGCUUACGAAUUGCCCGUGAUUUCUCAUUUGGAAGACGAGAAACGUUCUAGAUCGGUUAUUUGCGCGUGGGGGCGAUCCUUUAAAGAGGAGAGAAAAGAAAAGCAAAGAAGAGUAAAAGAAAAAGGAAAAGAAAGGAGGGAGAAGUUCAAAAAAAGAAGAAAACCGUAAAAGGAUAAAAAUAAAAAAAUGAUGUGUUUACUUCGCCGAUUUUUUAUAAGCACCAUCGGUGUUUUUGUCGACGGAUAAGAUUUUGUCAUAAGAUUGUGAAUAUUACAUACGUUAGUUACUGACAAAUAAAUGUUACACGAUGCAGUUUGUGUAAGAAUAUCCCUGGUGUUCUUUCGAGCGAGUUGUCUCUUUCUCUUCCCUUUGAUUUCGUUUGUCCGAUUAAUCCGAUACUGUUCAAUACGGCUACACCUGUGUCGCGCAAAAUUCGAGACCGUGUGACGAAAAACUGCAAUUACUUGUAUCGUUGUCGGUCGUUUGCAGAACUCGCUUAAAAGAAGUUCAAACACCGUCCGACCAGAGCUAUGCGUUUUAUCUCAUACGGAUAUCCGUAUUUGCGGUUACACAAAAGCCUUUAUACGAGGGGAGCAAAAUACGUGUUCGAUCUCAAUGUCUCUGCAGUUAUUAUUAUCAUUAUGUUACCGUACUCUGGAUUGUCGAGGCUGCUGCUUUGACAUGCGACGAUACCCAUCGGAUCGACCUGCGAAUGCAAGAGCACGCACGAUCGAUCUUCCCGUUGCUAUUUGUUGCGACUGAAACAUUUGCAACGAUUAAGAUAUCUGCAAUGAGCGAAUUCCUAAGCAGCGGAUGAAACUCAGAGCGAAUCUCUUUAAGAGUAAGUGAUAUAAACGCGCGUGUCUCUGACUUUUUAUAUUACCUUUCCUCCGCUCAUAAUUAGGUUGCUCCACGUUUGACGAACGGUAAGUCGAAGAGAGCGAUGGAGCUAGCUUAUCGAGAAGUUUACGUUUUCUGCGGAAUCCAACGCAGCGCAACAGAACAUACUUAUUUGCCUCCGCAUAAUAAUUUCCCCCGGGAGUUCGACGCGCAUCUCCCCCGUCCGAGAACGAUCCAAUUCGCAGUCACGUUUAUAUAUUUAGAGAGCGUCCCGAAGAAAUUCGAAUAACACAAAGUGCAUGUGUUCUCCUCCGACGGUGCGCAGAUCGAAUUUGCAAUUUAAACGCCUUUCUCUCUCGCGGAAUUGGACGGAAGUUCGGGGUGGCGACGGGUCGAGCUCCGCUCGGAAAGGACGGAAGAUCAAUGGCGAGCUUCGUGUUUCUCACGUUUUCCGUGUGUACACGAGUGACGUUUUCUUAUUUCUCUCUUUGAGUUUACCCUUUUCUUUCUUUUUCUUCCUUCAUUUGUCUUUCUCUCGUUCCCCCUUUUUCUCGCUUAUUCUCGCUUCUUCAUAAACAUAAACGUUCAUUCGCAGCUCCCUCUCGCCCCCACCCGCCCCUAACCGUCACUUCCUCGUUGACCGUCGGUUGACCCAGAAAAUUACACCUCGCAUCGCGCGCUCGCCUUUCUCCACGACUGACGAUAGGUCU